AUGCUCGAGCACCUAUUUCCCCUGGCAUUUUCAUUACCUCCUCGUGGAUUUGACACCAUCGGCGUCACCUUAAGCUCUUUUUUUCUCCUCCCCUCUUCUCUCCUCUCCUCCCCUCUUCUCUCCUCUCCUCCCCUCUUCUCUCCUCUCCUCCCCUCUUCUCUCCUCUCCUCCCCUCUUCUCUCCUCUCCUCCCCUCUUCUCUCCUCUCCUCCCCUCUUCUCUCCUCUCCUCCCCUCUUCUCUCCUCUCCUCUCCUCUUCUCUCCUCUCCUUUUCUUACCCUCAUCUCCUUCAAUGCACUCACUAAUUUGUUCUUCCCAUUCUCUCUCGUCCGUAUUUCCCUCUCUCUCCGCCCUCUCCUCUCUCUUCUGCCUUGCAUUCUUCUUCUCAUUUUCACCCCUUUUUCCACCCGCAACUUACAUCCCCUUUCUUCCCCUCAUCCCUCACAACUUGCGGGACAACCACCUCACAGGGCGUCUACCCAAACCUCCCCCCAACAUCCGCCAGUACCAGCUCGACAAUAACUUCUUCGCAUAUCCCUUCUUCUCCCCGCCCAACUGCUCCGUCAUCUCCAUCCGCGGCAACUGUGUCCCCCUGUCCAACCUCUCACUCACCUGCCCGGGCGACAAGCAGAGGCAUCCAGAGGUCUGCUUGUCCUUCUGCGGCCUAACGGCCUCAAAACCUCCCUGCAGUGACCGCGGGAUAUGCCUUCUUGAGGGCCCCAGCAAAGUUCCGGUGUGCAAGUGCCACGGUGGUAAGGUGACCGGGGAGUAUCGGGGUAGUUGCGUGCCUGCGGUGGGUGGGUUGGCGCUGGUAUCACUCCAGCCUGUGGAGGUGUCGUCUGCGUUGUUGACCACAUCUGGCAGUGCGAGUGUGGACGGUGCAACCAAGUCCUUCACUCUCACGCCCCUUCAGGCGGGCGCGAGUGGAGCCGUGUUUCUGUCGGAGCGAGUGCCGCUCUUCUCCUACCAGCUCAUUGCUGACGGGUGUGGGCGCGAGCUCGCCUUCUCCUCCUCCUUCUCCUUCACUCUCACCCGUGCGUCUGCCACCGCGAGCGGGACCGAGGGGUUUGCCUUUGUGAUAGCGUUUGAUGCCACGGCUCCAGCAGAGGCGGUGGCAGGCGGCAUGGGGUACGCAGGGAUGGCCGCGCGUAGCGUGGCAGUGGAGUUUGACACGUGGCAGGAUGGGGGGAGCGGCGGCAGCGGCGGCGAACCUGGCGGGAACCACGUGGGAGUGAACGUGGACGGCAGGUCUGUAGCCACAGCUGCCGCCCCCACUCCACUCAACGACGGCACUCCAAAGUACGCCUGGAUCGAAUACGACCCCUCCGCUCCUCCUGAUGCUGCUGCUCCUACAGCUACGGCUGCUGCUGCCUCUGCCGCUGCCGGUUCGCUGCGCGUCUUCCUCUCCUCCCACCCCUCCCCACGCCCGGCCAAGCCCGUCCUGUCAGUGCGUGUCUCCCUGUGCGACAUUCUCCAGCCCACCAGCCUCGAGAACAAGUUUGCGGUGGGCUUCACUGCGGCAUCGGGCAGCCAGGCGCAGAGGCACGCCGUCUCGGCAUGGAACUUCACCACAACAGCGUCACUAGGCCUGCGGGUGAGCGAGGCGGCCAUCAGCCCGGCAGCGUCGGGCAUGAACCUGCUCUUCCGCUACGCCAGCUCCGGCAUCCUGCCGCCGCCGCAGGAGGGCAACGACCACAGGAACCAGUACGACGUGCGCGUCACCUCCACGUGGCUCCUCCAGGACCUCUUCUGGCCCGUCAAGACGCAGACUGCCUGCGGGGACAGCUGGGCGUACGCGGUGGUGGGCAGCAUAGAGGCCGCCUACAGCAUAAUGGCGAACCUCUCGGUGGCGCCGCAGCUGUCAGCGCUGCAGCUGCGCUCCUCCAUGCGCGCCGAUUGCCAGGGCGGCUCGCCCUCCCAGGCCUUCGCCUUCCUCCUCAAAGCCGCCCGCAGCAAGGCAGCGGUCCGGGGGAGGAAUGUCACUGUGAAUCAACAGGAGAGGCGCCUUCUUUUGAGGCAUCUCAACGACGGUCGGGGGCACAGCAAGGCGUUGGUUUGGAGGGGGGGCACUGCGAACACGAAGCAGGUGAGGAGUCGGCUUUGCAUGGCUCCGUUUGUUCCGCUGUUCAAGCUGCUUGGGAUUAGCUGCGAUGGGAAGGGUGCCACUAAGCAGCAGGCACUGACAGGUGACUUCUACAUCACCGGGUUCGAGUCCACGGCCUUCUACGGCUGGUUUGGCCUGCUGCUCGCCGUGCAGCGCCAGCCCGUGGUGGUGCAAAUAGAGGCAACGGCACCGUCUUUUCAAGAAUACGAUGGGCUGCACAAGUACCAGGACCCAGCGUGCUUCACGUACAACCUGAACCACGUGGUGCUGCUGGUGGGGUACCACCUGGCAGGCAAGGACUCGCGCUUCCCCAACAUGGCGCCGCCCUUCUGGAUCAUCCGCAACUCGUGGGGGGCUGCCUGGGGCGAUGGGGGCCACAUGCGCAUGGACAUCCAGGGGGGGGAUGGCGUGUGCGGCAUCAACACUCUGCCGGGGAUUUACCCAAUUGUCAGAGCGGCAUCGGACCCAUGCAACACAGCAGCGAGGAGCGACGCGUCAGGGUCGCUCUUCAACCCGUGCGGCAGCUUCACCUGUGUGGUGGACGGCAGCUCCAACCGCUGCAACUGCACCGAUCCCCGGUUCAUUGAAGCUACUAAUGCUGACGGCUCCCGCACCUGCGCCUAUGGUACCUUCUCCUGCGACACGCGCUCGCAGUACACUGUCCUGGCGCCCAACAUCUUCUGCUCAGACAUCUAUCCCGUCUACGGCCUCACCCGUGACAACUUCACUACGCUUAAUCCCACUGUGAACUGCAUCGAGCCUCUGCCGGUCGGCCUGACGCUCAAUGUCACCCUCAACCCCGGACUCGCCCCCUGCACCGUCUACUACACCACUGUCCCGGACGACACGUGCCAGUCCAUAGGAGCGUACUUCAACCUCAACGACUGCCGCAGCAAGGACCCCUCCUGCGCCACGGUCCUGCAGAGCCUCAACCCGGGCCUCAUCUGUCAGGGUGGCACGCAGGUGCAGGCGAACCAGGCGGUGUGUGUGGAGCGGCGAGCAGGGGCAGCGGGGAAGGGGGGGCAGGUGAUACCGGUGUGCUCGCAGUACUACCUGGUGCAGAACGCCGAGACGUGCGAUGAAAUUCGCUCCGUGCCCAACCCGCCGCUCUCCCCGCUCGAAUUCUUCCGCCUCAACCCCGGCAUCAAGUGCAACCGCCUCGUGCCCGACGCUGCUGGCCUGGACCUGCACACCGGCUUUGAGGUACGGAUGGGAGAGGCGCUUGAUCUUAAAGGCAGGUUACAGGCAGACUUGACUGUCUAUAAACUGGUGCUGGCCUGGACCUGCACUGGGGCUUUGAGUAUUGAUGGCCUUGCUGUGUUGCAGCAAGUCCCUGAAGCAGUGCUGCAUGGCCUGCCUGACCUCACAUCGUGCAUGCCCAGCUCAGCGCAGCACACUGCAUCGCCUGCUUUCUCCUUCCCCUCGCGUUGA